AGACAUUCCCAAGACUCCCAAUUCUUUCGCUCGACUGAGACGCAAAAACCCCAGGGAUAAUUUCCUGAGAUCAUACCACCUCAACCCAGCAGGACACGACGCUCAGAUGGAACCCAUUGACGAAUUGAUUCAAGAAAGAGCUCAAAUGGAUGGCCAUCUAAUGGAUAUUAGGGCGGCUGAAUGCGAUGCUCCAGCAGUGGAGAGGUUAAGGCAAUGUGUCGAUAAAACACUUGCAAAGGUUGAUGAGCUUGAGCAGAAAGUGAAUGAGGUGGAACAGUUUUAUUCGUCCUCAAAUAAAAAGCAACCAAACAGUUCUAAAUGUGGCUCAAUUGCGAAGGAUAGGGACAAGGAGAAACUAAUUCCUAGCAUCAAGAGGCAGCAACAAGAUGCAGCACGGAGAGAGGCGGCUAGUGCAAAAAGGAUGCAAGAGCUUAUGCGCCAAUUCUCUACGAUAUUGCGCCAGAUUACACAGCACAAAUGGGCAGGGCCCUUUCUGGAGCCGGUAGAUGUUGAAGGUCUUGGCCUACAUGACUACUAUGAGGUUAUUGAGAAGCCCAUGGAUUUUAGUACAAUAAAGAAUAAGAUGGAGGCCAAAGAUGGCAGUAAUUAUAAGAAUGUCAGAGAAAUAUAUGCUGAUGUGAGGUUGGUUUUCAAGAAUGCAAUGACAUAUAAUGAUGAAAGUGAUGAUGUUCAUGUGAUGGCCAAAACUUUGUUGGCAAAAUUUGAGGAGAAGUGGCUAAAACUUUUGCCAAAAGUUAUUGAGGAGGAAACACGGAGAAAAGAGGAGGAAGCAGAGGCACUGUCAAACAUGCAGCUUGCUCAGGAAGCUGCUCAUGCAAAGAUGACUAAAGAUAUAAGUAAUGAGCUUUGUGAGGUUGAUAUGCAUCUAGAGGAACUCAGAGAAAUGGUGAUCCAAAAGUGCAGGAAAAUGUCAACGGAGGAUAAAAAAAAACUGGGUUCUGGCCUUAGUCGAUUGGAACCAGAAGAUCUCAAUAAGGCAUUGGAGAUUAUUGCUAAGAAGAACCCAAGUUUCCAAGCCACAGCCGAAGAGGUGGAACUGGACAUGGAUGCUCAGAGUGAGUCAACAUUAUGGAGGUUGAAGUUCUUUGUUAAGGGGGCAUUAGAAAGUAGUGGGAAGACUUCUAUGAGCAUGGGAGGCAAUGAUUACUCCAAGAGAAAAAGAGAAAUCUGUGAUGCUCUUGCCAAGACUGCAAAGAAACGAGGUAAAAAGCUCACCUCUUGAUUUAUAUAGAUUGUUUCAGUUUUGCUUCUCUUUAUCCAUGGUAGUAACGUGUCAACAAAAUUUUAAGAGAUGGACUUAUUGCGUGAAUCAAGUAAUUUUGUGUUUCA